AUGGGGAAAUCAAUAGGGCUGGCCAUCGACUUCUCGAGGGCUGGCUUCACGGCACUGAACUGGGCAGACAAGUAUCUGCUGCCCACGCUCAACAACAGGGAGGACAAGAUCUACAUCAUUCACAUCAAACCGGGUAACAACCCGCACCUGAUUCAUGAUAAGAAAUUCAAUCAAAUCGAGGAUCUCAAGGACCAUUAUCCGGAGGGGAACUGGAAUGCUGUCAUUGACACAACGUGGAACUAUAAGAGCAUUGUUUCCGUCAAGGUCUACGAAGGAGAAGAUAUCCCGGCGAUGCUGAAGCACGUUAGCGACGACGUGCUUCGGCUCAACACCCUGAUCGUUGGAAGUGCAACACUAGAAGACGGUGGAGGGCCGAACACCAGUCCGCAAGUAAGCCGGUACCUCGUGGAUCACCCUACCAGAUGCAGCAUCGUGAUCUCAAAGGAAUUAUAG